UUUUCCAAUUUUUGUUGCCAACGGCAAACAAAACUGAAUACAUUUCUAAUUCUUUUUCACUCUCACUCCUCACUUUCAUACUCAGUCUCACUCACUCGCUCUCUCGCUCUCUCGCUCUUUUCUUCUUUCAAACCCUUUUUUCAGUUUCACGCGCUGCGAGAGGGAGAGAACCGAAGCUGAAAUUCGGGUUUUGCGUUCAGAGUUCAGUGAGGCGCUAACAGCGCACACUCUUCUUUCCUUCUGAGGGACUGUGGAUAUACCAUAGAGCCAUGGAAGCAGUAGAGGAUGCUCCUCCUUCAAAUGUUUCAGAGGGAGAGAUUGCUGGGAUCCGAUUCGCAAUGGCUUCACGCAAGGAGAUUUGUACAGCAUCCAUUAGUGACUCUUCAAUUAGUCAUGCUAGUCAGUUGUCAAAUCCAUUCCUUGGGCUACCCCUUGAAUUUGGCAGAUGUGAAUCUUGUGGUACUUCUGAAGCAGGAAAAUGUGAAGGUCACUUUGGAUAUAUUGAGCUACCAGUUCCAAUAUUCCAUCCCAGUCAUGUCAUUGAAUUGAAACGGAUGCUGAGCUUGAUCUGCUUAAACUGCUUAAAACUGAAGAAAACUAAGUUUCCAGGUUCAAGCAGUGUGUUGGCGCAGAGAUUGUUAUCAUCUUCAUGUUGUCCGGAUGUGAAUGCUGCUCAAGUUUCUAUUCGGGAGAUCAAAACAGAUGGGGCUUACGUCUUGGUGCUGAAGGUACCUAAGAAUAAGAUGCGUACUGGAUUUUGGAGCUUUUUACAUAAAUAUGGCUAUCGCUAUGAGAUUGAUAAUACUCGAGCUUUGCUUCCUUGUGAGGUGAUGGAAAUGAUUAAGAGGUUUUCUCCAGAGACCAAAAAGAAGCUUGCUGGUAAAGGAUAUUUUCCCCAGGAUGGAUAUGUUUUGAAGUAUCUUCCUGUACCACCAAACUGCUUGUCUGUGCCAGUAGUUUCUGAUGGAGUCAGUGUCAUGUCUUCGGAUCCUUCUAUUACUAUUCUUAGAAAAUUGCUCAGGAAGGUGGAAAUCAUCAGAGGGUCUAGAUCUGGUGAACCAAACUUUGAGUCUCAUUUGGUGGAAGCAAAUGAGUUGCAGUCACUGUUUGAUCAGUACCUUCAAGUUAGGGGUACUUCUAAGCCAGCACGUGAUAUUGAAACCCAUUAUGGUGUCAAUAAAGAACUCAAUGAUUCUUCUACAAAAGCGUGGCUUGAAAAAAUGAGGACCUUAUUUAUAAGGAAGGGUUCUGGCUUUUCUUCACGCAAUGUGAUAACUGGAGAUGGUUAUAAGAGGAUAAAUGAAAUAGGGAUUCCUCUUGAGGUAGCACAAAGGAUAACAUUUGAGGAGAGAGUUAGCAUGCAUAACAUGAGGUACUUACAGAAGUUAGUUGAUGAAAAUUUGUGCCUAACCUACAAGGAAGGUAUGUCUACAUAUUCACUAAGGGAGGGCUCAAAGGGGCACAUAUAUCUCAAACCAGGCCAAAUAGUGCAUAGAAGGAUUAUGGAUGGUGAUAUUGUCUUCAUCAACAGACCACCUACAACACACAAACAUUCAUUACAAGCACUUGCUGUGUACAUCCACAAUGACCACACUGUUAAGAUAAAUCCUCUCAUUUGUGGGCCCCUAGGAGCUGAUUUUGAUGGUGACUGUGUCCAUCUAUUUUAUCCACAGUCUCUUGCUGCUAAAGCUGAGGUACUGGAGCUAUUCUCUGUGGAGAAACAGCUUCUUAGUUCACACAGUGGUAAUCUAAACCUCCAGUUGACCUCUGAUUCGUUGCUAUCACUGAAGACUUUGAUGAAGAAAUGCUUUUUGAAUAGAGCGACAGCACAUCAAUUAGCAAUGUUUCUUUCCGUACCUCUGCCACCACCUGCUUUACUCGAACGCAGAUCUCGUAAUUCAUACUGGUCUGCCAUGCAAUUAUUACAAUGUGCGUUGCCCCCAUCUUUUGAUUGCACUGGCGGUAGAUACUUAAUCAGGCAGAGCGAGAUCUUAGAAUUUGAUCUCAGUAGGGACAUUUUGCCAACAACAAUAAAUGAAAUAGCUGCUUCAAUUUUCUUCGGAAAGGGCCCUAAGGAAGCACUCAGUUUCUUUGAUUUGAUACAGCCCCUUUUAAUGGAAAGCAUAUUUGCUGAAGGCUUUAGCUUUGGCUUACAAGAUUUUUCAGUAUCCAGGGCAGCAAAGCGAGGAAUAAAUAGAAACAUUGGGAAAGUUUCUUCAUUGUUGGGUCAACUCAGGUCAAUAUACAAUGAGCUGGUUGCACAGCAAGUGGAAAGACACAUUCAAGAUCUUGAACGACCAGUUAUUAAUUCUGCUCUAAAGUCGAGCAAACUUGGGGAUUUGAUUGACUCAAAGAGUAGGGGGGCUAUUGACAAGGUGGUUCAACAAAUUGGUUUCUUAGGCCAGCAGCUUUUUGAGAGAGGGAGAUUCUAUUCCAAGGGCUUAAUUGAGGAUAUAGCUGUUCAUUUUCGUUUAAAGUGUUGUUAUGAUGAGGAUAGCUACCCUUCUGCUGAAUAUGGCUUACUCAAAGGGUGCUUUUUUCAUGGUUUGGAUCCAUAUGAAGAGUUGGUGCAUUCAGUUUCUACAAGGGAAAUAAUUGUGCGUUCCUCAAGAGGAUUAUCUGAACCCGGAACACUGUUCAAGAACUUAAUGGCCAUCCUCCGUGACGUCAUGAUUUGCUAUGAUGGGACUGUUAGAAAUGUUUGUAGCAAUUCCAUCAUUCAGUUUGAUUAUGGGAAGCAAGCUGGAGAUGUGACCCAACAUUUAUUCCCUGCUGGUGAGCCUGUAGGUGUCUUAGCCGCAACUUCUAUGUCAAAUCCUGCUUAUAAGGCAGUCCUUGAUGCCAGUCCUAGCAGCAAUUCUUCAUGGGAAUUGAUGAAGGAGAUACUGCUCUGCAAGGUCAAUUUUAGGAAUGAACCAAAUGAUCGUCGUGUAAUUUUGUACUUGAAUGAUUGUGGCUGUGGGAAGACUUAUUGCCGAGAAAAUGCUGCUUAUUCGGUAAAAAACCAAUUGGGAAAAGUCAGUCUCAAGGAUGCAGCAGUAGAGUUCAUUAUUGAAUAUCAGCAACAGCGGCGUCACAGGGAAAGCUCAGAAAUUGGUGCAGGCCUUAUUGGUCAUAUUCAUUUGAAUGAGAUAAUGUUAAAGAAGCUGAAGAUCAAUUCGGAGGAAAUUUUUCAAAGAUGCCAAGAUAGAGUUAUGUCCUUUUACAAGAAGAAGAAAGUCAGUAGUAUUUUCAAGAGGAUUGCACUGGAUGUCAGCAGUGAGUGUUGCUCUUGCUCGCAUUCUUCAGCACCGUGUGUAAUGUUCCUUUGGCAAGAUGAUGAUAUGAAUGAGUUAAAUGUAACUGCAAACAUUCUGUCUGACACAGUCUAUCCGGCUCUGCUUGAAACAAUAAUCAAAGGUGAUCCUCGAAUUCGCUCAGCGAAUAUAAUCUGGGUUAAUUCGGACACAAACACAUGGGUUCGAAACCCCUGUAAAUCUCCAAAUGGUGAAUUGGCGCUAGAUAUUUCUCUUGAGAAGGCAGCUGUUAAACAAAGUGGUGAUGCUUGGAGGAUUGUAAUCGACUCCUGCCUUCCUGUUAUUCACUUGAUUGAUACAAGGCGUUCGAUACCUUAUGCAAUCAAGCAAAUUCAGGAACUAUUUGGGAUCUCAUGUACUUUUGAUCAAGCAAUUCAGCGUCUUGCAUCAUCUGUGAAAAUGGUGGCAAAAGGUGUUCUCCGUGAGCAUCUUGUUCUUUUAGCUAGCAGUAUGACAUGUGGUGGAAAUUUGGUUGGGUUCAAUACGGGUGGGUAUAAAGCUCUUGCUCGACAAUUAAACAUUCAAGUACCUUUUACUGAUGCAACACUCUUUACACCUAGAAAAUGUUUUGAGCGAGCAGCAGAGAAAUGCCAUACGGACUCUUUAUCAAGCAUAGUUGCCUCCUGUUCUUGGGGUAAACAUGUUGCAGUUGGUACAGGAUCAAGAUUUGAUAUUCUAUGGAAUGCGAAUGAAAUAAAUUCAAAGGAGAUUCGAGGGAUGGAUGUUUACAAUUUUCUUCACAUGGUCAAAAGCGUUAACGGCGAAGAGGAAAAUAAUGCUUGUUUGGGUGAAGAUAUUGAUGAUUUGCUAGACGAAGACGAUGUAGACUUCGCUGUGUCCCCACAGCAUAACUCUGGUUUUGAAGCUGUUUUUGAAGAGAAUUGUGAACUAUUGAAUGGUUCAACAGCCAAUGGUUGGGAUACAGAUCAAAAUGAAGCAAAGUCAAAUGAUUGGUCAGCCUGGGGAGGAGGGAACAUAGCUGAAACGAAAGGUGGUGCAUCCAAGGAUUGGGAUGCAAGCAUAGGUGAAUCCAAAGAAAAAUCAAAUGAUUGGUCAGCAUGGGGAGGAGGGAAUAUAGCUGAAACAAAAGACGGUGCAUCCAAGGCUUGGGAUUCAAGCAUAGGUGAAGCUAAAGAAAAAGCAAAUGAUUGGUCAGCCUGUGGAGGAGGGAAUAAAGCUGAAACAAAAGACGGUGCCUCCAAGGCUUGGGGUGCAAGCACAGGUGAAGCCAAAGAAAAAUCAAAUGAUUGGUCAGCAUGGGCUGGAAACAAAUCUGUAAUACAUGAUGGUGGAUCUGAAAGAGCACCAAAAGAUUCUUGGAGGCCACAGAAGUUGAUGUCUGAUGUUAAUCAAGAAGACUAUACUAAGCCAAGUUCUUGGGAUGCAAAUACAGAUCGGGAAAUAACACCAUCAAAUAAUUGGUCAGCAUGGGGUGGAAGCAAAUCUGGUACACAGGAUGGUGGGUUUGAAAAAGCUCCAGAGGGUUCCUGGAAUCAGAAGUUGAAAUCUGUCCAGAAAGACUUUCCCAAUUCCAGUGCUUGGAAUGCAAAACAGGAUGAGAAACAGUCAAAUGACUGGUCAUCUAGGAGAAGUCAGGAUGGUGGUUUUGAAAGGGCCCAAGAGGAUACUUGGAAUGCCAACACAGAACCGGCAAGAACAAAAUCACAUGACUGGUCAAAUAGGGGCCAUAAUAAAUCUCAAUUUCAAGAUGAUUCUCAGAAGUCUGGUGCUUGGGGUGCAAAACCAGAUCAGACAAGAUCAAGUGACCGGUCGAAUUGGCGGCAAAAUAAAUCUCAAGUUCAAGAUGAUUCUCAGACUUCUAGUGCCUGGGGUUCAAGGCCAAAUCAGACAAAAACCAGUUGGGGUCAAGAUAAAUCUCAAGCUCAAGAUGAUUCUCAGACUUCUAGUGCCUGGGGUUCAAGACCAAAUCAGACAAAAACCAGUUGGGGUCAAGAUAAAUCUCAAGCUCAAGAUGAUUCUCCUAACUCCAGUGCUUGGCGUGUAAAACCAGAUGAGACAAUGACAAGUGAUUGGUCCUGUUUGGGUCAAAACAAAUCUCAAGCUCAAAAUGAUAACCAGAAGUUGAGUGCUUGGGGUGCGAAACCAGAUCAGACAAAAGGAAGUGAUUGGUCCAAUUGGGGUCAAAAUAAAUCUCAAGCUCAGGAGGAUUCUUGGAAGUCUGAGAAGUCCGGUGCUUGGGACAUGAAUGCAGAUCAGCCAAAAGCAAGUUCAAAUGAUUGGCAGGCAAGGGCUGGAAAUAAAUCUCAAAUGCAAGAUGGUGGAUCUGAGGGAGCCCAAGAGAAUUCUUGGGGAACUCGUAAGUGGAAAGCUGAAGAUAAGGUCAGAGCAGCUGUUAUUCAAAAUGAUACAUCUAGGUCUGGUGGUUGGGAUACAAAGGCAAAUCCUUCAAAACCAAGGUCAAAUGAAUGGUCAUCAUGGGGAAGUAAUAACAACAAAGGUGAACCAAAGGUCGGAGAUGAUGGUAUACCGGUGGAGUCCAAUGCUUGGGCCCAUAAAUCUGAGAAUGUGAAUGUGAACCAGAGUAAGGAAAUUGAAUCAAAUUGGGAUGCUAAGAAGCCUGUUGACAAUAGCUCUUGGGGAAGACCCAAGUCCCAGGAAGACCGACCAUGGAAUACCCAGAAUGAGUCCAAUCAAGCUGCAAGUUCACAGGGGUGGGAAUCACAAAUUGCUUCAGCCAAUGCCGACAGUGACAAAAGUUUUCAAUGGGGAAAACGAGGCAGGGAAUCAUUCAAGAAAAAUCGUUUCGAAGGUUCUCAAGGUUGGGGUUCAAAUGCUGGUGACAGGCAGAACAAGAGUCGCCCUCCUAGAACACCUGGAUCAAGGUUGGAUAUAUACACUUCUGAGGAACAAGAGGUUUUGAAGGAUAUUGAACCCAUUAUGCAGUCAAUCAGACGGAUCAUGCAACAAGAAGGGUACAAUGAUGGGGAUCCAUUAGCAGCAGAUGAUCAAACAUUUAUACUUGAGAAUGUGUUUGAACACCAUCCAGAUAAAGAAAAUAAAAUGGGUGCUGGAAUUGAACAUGUCAUGAUUGACAAACACAGCGUUUAUCAGGAAAGCAAAUGCUUUUACGUGGUUUUGAAGGAUGGAGAAAAAAGGGACUUUUCCUAUCGUAAAUGUUUAGGUAACUUUUUAAAGAAGAAGUAUCCGGAUGUUGCUGAAUCGUUCGUCGGCAAGUACUUCCGGAAGCCUCGUCCAAGGGGGGAUCAGGCCUCAACUCCAGGAUUGUCAGAACAAACCACAACUGCAGGGCUGUCGGAACAGGCCGCAGCUCCAGGGUUGCUAGGACCAGCUCCAACUCCAGGGUCAUCGGAACAGGCCCCCAAUCCUGGUUUGGCGGAAACAAACUAGUAGAAGACCAGAACUGUCCAUAUUGUUUGUUGUACAGAGGGCAGGCCACUGAAUAGUUGUUGAUAACAUCAGAUCACAAUUCCUGUAGGAAAUGGUGUUUUCUAAGUUGUUGACUGUCAUGACACUUGAGAUGUGAACUAUCGUAGUACACAUACUCUGAUGUUAAUAUUUUUAGUCGUUGAAUGCUAACCGCAGCUGAUGUCUGAUGAACGUGGCGAAACUAUAUCCUGCCAACCAAUUUUCUUAUCCUCAAUCUGAGGUCGCUGGUGACCAGGAUUGCAAUAUUCAUAUAACUGAUUCUGGCAUUAGUUUUUGGAUGUUAUUUGUUAAUGGUGUUUUCCUUAUUUCUGCCACGCCUGUGAAGUUGAUAAUCAUGUCUCAACGAUUGAAUGUUAUUUGUGCAUGUCUCAAUAAUUUUUCCUUAUUUUCUCUAUGCACGCUAAGGCUGUGUGUGUUCCUAUACAUGUUCUUCAAGAUAUGGAUAGGGUGAUACAUGUCUUGUGUUUGUUUGCCGAGAUACAAAAUUAUGAAGGGCAUGGUUAUACACAAUCGUCUAUUAAAAACAUGUAUUUUAUUUUUUUAAAAAUGUUGAGACACAAAUUUUUAACAUGAGAUUAAUUUUAUUUUACAAUCUUAUCCCUUAAUAUUUCAAGAAUUCCAACCAUGUACUUUUCGUCUUUCACCUAAUUUCUCCUCCAGCCUUUCUUCAUUCUCUCCUCUCUUGCAGGUAGCUUUCUUUGCCUUUUACCACCACCGACUUCGGGCAUCGAUGGCACCACCCUCCAACACCUCUCUAGUUUGUCUUCUCGAAGGGAGAAUGUCUCCUCUGUCUCGCCGUCCCUAAUGUGCCUCUGUUAUUGGGGAACAACCAUUGGUCCGGUGCAAGGAACCACCACAGAUCUAUGGUGACAAAGAAGAGGACUCGAUGCCACUAGAGAUGUAGAUCUACUUUCUACGAUUCUCACUGUGGACCGUGUUUCGGACCUGAGCUCAGCUCUAUCUACUAUGUUCUUGUUUUAAUAACUCAUUUGUGGUAUUUUUUUUCCUUUUUUUUGUGGUGGUGUUUCUUGAUUUUUCUUACAGAUCUAUUCAGAUCUAAGAGGAAAAUAUCCUGAGAAGAUGUUGCUGUUUAUAGAAAAAAUUUUAGAUCUAGAAAUUAUCUAGACCUAUAUAGAAAAAAAGAAGAUAUCUUUUAAUGUUUUGCAGCACGAAUGUGUAGGGUAGAUAUAGAAAUAAAAGAGACUCAAUUUUGUCUUUGAUUCUACCUUUUUAGAUUUCUAAUAAUUGAAUAUUGUACUCUAUCAGAUUAUAAUUUAAUACAGAAGAUAUUUAUCUUCUUUGUAUCCA